UUUUUAGAGUGCAUGCUUUUGCUUUCACUUUGCCUCAGAGACGAGUAAUCUCCUCCCAGUCAUUUCAGAGAAAAAGAAACUGAUAGUAAGUCUGCUUUGCUAUCUCAAAAAAGCGUUUCUCUCUUUCAGUCUCCGAGUGCAGGAAAAUGGCAGAAGCCAGUAUUUCAAUCGAUCAGGAGCAUUUUAGUUGUUCGAUCUGUUUGAAUCUACUGAAGGAGCCAGUGACUACUCCAUGUGGACACAGCUUCUGCAUGGUGUGUAUUAAUGGGUUUUGGGAUUCAGACGCUGAGAAGAAAGCCUACAGCUGUCCACAGUGCAGAGAGACUUUUGCUCCAAGGCCUGUCCUUCGCAAAAGCAAUGUGCUGACUGAGAUUAUUGACAAACUGCAAGAGACUGAACAGCAAACAUCUUUUGCUCAAGCUUUAGGUGUCAUUUCCACUGAAGAUCAGGAUGUGGAAUGUGAUUCUUGCAUUGGUGUGAAAGGGAAAGCUGUGAAGUCCUGCCUGACAUGCCUGGCUUCAUACUGCGACACACAUAUUCAGGCUCAUCAUGAAUCUCCCGCUUUCAAGAAGCACAUGCUCAUCACAGCCGUGAGUAACCUCCAGGAGAAAACGUGUGUUCAACAUAACAAGCUUCUUGACGUUUUCUGCCGCAAGGAUCAGAGAGUGAUUUGCAACCAGUGUUCGAUGGUCAAACACAGCGAUCAUGAUACAGUCCCAGUUCAAGAGGAGUGGAUGGAAAAAAAGAAGUACUUUGAAGAUCUACAACAAAAAUAUCAGAAUAGACUUGAGAGCAGAGAGAAGACAUUGCUGGAGCUAAAGGACUUGAUAGAGGCUUACAAGCGCUCUGCACAGGAAGCGGUGGAGGACAGUGAGAGAAUCUUUGCUGAGCUGCUCCUCUCUAUUGAGAAAAGACGAUCCGAGGUGACGGAACUGAUCAGAGCUCAGGAGAAAGCUGAACUGGCUCAAACUGCAGAAGUACUGAAGCAGCUGGAGCAGGAGAUUGCUGACCUGAAGAAAAGACAAGCUGAGCUGGAGAAGUUGUCGCAGACCAGCGGAUAUGUCCAUUUCCUCCAGAGAUUUCAGUUCCUGAGUCCUAAACUGGAAACUGCUGACUCUUUUAAGGUUACUUUCAAUCACCAGUGGUCAUUUGAGAAUUUUAAGAAAUCUGUAAUCCAACUCAAGGAGGAAGUAGAAGACUUCUGCAAGGAAAAGGUUGAGAAAGUUUCUGAAAAUGUAGCUGUCUUUGACCAGAUCAUUAUAAUGCCUGAGCCAGAGACCAGAGAGGAAUUCCUGAAAUAUUCUUGUGCGCUAUCUCUUGAUCCCAACACAGCAAACUAUUACCUUGAGCUGUCAAAUGAUGACACGCACGUGUCAUGUGAUAAUAAACAGUAUGAAUACCCUGAUCAUCCCAAGCGAUUUACAUCCUGGCAACAAGUGCUCUGUAAGCAGAGUGUGCCUCUGCGUAGUUACUGGGAGGCUGAGGUAGAUGGUGAAAACGGAGUUUCCAUUGCUGUGUCUUAUAAAGGCAUCAACAGAAAAGGAUCUGAAAAGGAGUGUCGUUUUGGACAUAAUACACAGUCAUGGAGAUUAGUUCGAUAUCCUAAAAAAUACUGUUUCUGGCAGAAUGAUACCAAGACUUAUGUCUCUGGUCCAAUAUCCAAAAGAAUUGGGGUCUAUCUUGAUCAAAAGGCAGGAACUCUGUCCUUCUACAGUGUAUCUAAUAAAAUGACCCUAAUUCAUAAAGUCACAACCACAUUCACUCAGCCCCUGUAUGCUGGGUUUGGUAUAGGUACUGGCUCCUCUGCAAAGAUUUGCCUUCAAGUCUCAGAAGCUAAAAUGGCUGCUGCUGAGUGUUUGAAGAAAAAAUGAGUUUCAUUGGUGGAUUUUUAUAAAAGAUGCAAUUAGAAAGUUUGAAGAGCUUAACAUUUCAAGCUUACCUUAGCAAAUACCCAAAUUUCUCAGUUUGGGGAUUAAUAAAUUAUUAUUUUAUCUUAUUUGCCUAUUGGUCAUUGGUUUAUUCUAAAAAAUAAGUAAAAAAACAAACAAAAAAACAAAAACAAAAAGGGGUUAUGUCUUACCACUUUAAUCUUAGAAACAUGGAACUGGGUUCAUAUUAUGCACCUCUAUGAGUUAACUUUUGUUGAGUUAACAAUUGUUUGUACAUUUUCUAAAUUCUUACUAAACUAUGGGCAGUGUGCUGUCUCAGCAGUUAAGCUUCUCUGCUACAAAUAGGAAGGAUAUUAUUUCAGUGCCUCCAUGGUCCCUUUUUUGACUACUAAGCAAGGUUCCUACCCCUGACCCAUACCCUAUUUCUGCUGUACUGUGGGGCACUGUACCAUGGCUGUGUUCUGUCCCUGACUUCCUCCCAAGCAGGUAUAUGCAAAGAAAGCAUUUGCUUGUAUUUUACACAUCUCUGUAUACAUGUUAUUUAUGCUGUAUAAUGCUAAUUAAGGCCAGCCUUAUUUGUUUCUUUCACAAUUGGUAUUCAGAGUCAAUAAUUCUGCAAAAUUUGUUUACUAUUAUUCAGAGACUUUAGCUGUAACAGCUAAAUCAGCAUGGAAUUUGCCAGACUUAGUAAGAUAGAACUCAUUGUAAUCAAAAUUAUAAUAUGGGGUGACAUAAAUAUAAUAAAUAUGACAAACAUACUUCUUAUCAUUAUUUCAAUACAAUUGAAAUACUGCUUGCUGCAUCUCAUAUACUUUAAAUAUUCAAUAGUAGUGGAGCUCCCCAUAUGAUAUAUGAUCUGUUUGUUGUUGUGUUUUUUUAAUUGAACAAUGUAUUGUGUAUUAGGAAGUGUGCUUGACAAAUGACAUAAGUUGGAAUUAUAUUGUAUUAAGUACUCAUUAAUAAUAAUUAAUUUGGCACAAAUAAAAUUUCAUUAGGAAAUCAUAA